AUGCUGUCGCUCCUCGCUACUGCCCUGGCUGCCUCUAUGGCGACCGCCCACUUCACCCUGGAUUACCCCGAGACUCGCGGGUUUGAUGAAGACAAGGAGACGCAGUUUUGCGGCGGCUUCGCCACGGCUGCCACGCGCCAGCCGUUCCCACUCAAGGGCCCCGUCUGGAUCAAUAACCACCACAAGAAGGCCACUGUCGAUGCCUUCGUCUCUUUGAGCACCGAUCCCCAGAGCUUUGACGACUUCAACAAGACCUCGAACGGGACAAGCAUUCCUCAUCUUACCGACUUUUUCCAAGUCUCUGAGGGCGAGGCCUGCUGGAACAUUGACUUCACCUCGUUGGGUUUGGACCUGAAAAACGGCUCGGAGGUGACGCUCCAGGUCCGCUUCAGUGGGUGCUCUGAUCUCAUCCUUCUCUCAGACUACCAGGUCCCGGCAAAUGAAACCUGCAACAACGACGCAGCUGCAGGCGCCCAGAGCAAUACCUCAGAAACCGGUGCCGGUCACGACGACAACUCCCACGCCUCCAGCUCCGCGGCCCCUAGCGCGACAGCGAGUCAGCAAGGCGGAGCCUCUCCUAUCCUGGCUCGUUCGGGGGCGUUAGUCGUCGUCGCUAUUGCUUUCGCGGCUCUUUUCUAA